CUUCUCCGAUUGGGCCGGCGCCAUGCCCAAUGAGUGGCGGCGGCUGUCCCUCACGUGUGGGCGGGGCUUGGGCUCCACCAAUCCUGGUCCGCUAUCUUUUUGAAGCGCCGCCUCCUGAUAAUGACGUCACCUGUGGGGCCAAGAUGGCGGCCAAGCCUCUGCUCCCCAUACAGAUGGCAAAAUGGGCUGCUUUUCCAACGACAUUGGCUUUUGUGCCUUUGAAAGUCUGUGCUGCAACUGAGGAAGAACCAAAAUCCCAUCGAGUUAAGGCACAUCAGCUUCCCAUUUACAAUGCGCCACCUCUUGAAUCAAGGUAUAUUGACGAAAAGCCUGGGCGCCUGCAAAGUGCAAUUUCAUCAGUAAGAAAGACAACAAGUUCCUACAUAAAUGGAUGCAAGGAUGCUUAUCUUUGGGUCAAAAAUGGAAUAAUAUCUUCUAUACAGUUUGGAAAAGAUUCGUAUGUUUAUCUGAAGAAUCCACCUCCAGAAUUUCUUCCCAAAGUUGGGGUGAUUACAAUUUCAGGAAUGACUGGGGUCUUCCUAGCAAGGAAAGGUUCUAGAUUAAAGAAAAUCGCUUAUCCUGCAGGACUUUGCGCAUUGGGGAUAUCACUCUGCUAUCCAGCCCAGUCAGUUAUUUUUGCAAAGGUAACAGGCGGGAAGGUUUAUGCUGCAAGCCAUAAAACGUAUGAAGCAAUAGGAUCCCUGUGGAUGAAAAAAUCUCCUGCAGAAGUAGGACUUGCCCAGGAAAAAGAUACUCAGGAAGUUGCAAAGGCGCUUUCAAGGACACCGCAGAAUAUCUCAAGUGCUCCCAAGGUCAUCCGGGAAUCAGAAGGAAAAGCAUUGGCAAUGCAGUCUGAUGCAGAGAAGGCACUUCGCCGGGAAGAAGCUGUGUCUUUGGCAGAAGGGAAGGGGUCCACUGUCAAAUCAGAUGUGCUGAAAGCCUCAAAGUUUAAACCAGAUCCCAGGCUCAUGGACCAUGGCCAGUCCAGUCCAGAAGAUGCAGAUCUGUACAGCACCAGAAGCUAACAUAUCAGAUUUCAGCCUUCAGGCAAUACUUAAUGAUGGACAUUAAAAUGGGAGUGUUACGGGAUUAGUCAUUGUACUUUGUUAUUUGUGCAGACGUUUCCUUAACUCCACUUUUUACAACCAAUGUAUUUUCUUUGUUUUGCCACCCAUCUUUUUCUCAUUUCCUAUUGUCAAAAUUGUUUUCUAGUUUUGGGGAGGGGUUAUUGGGGGGAGGGUUUUUCCCCCAUAUAAUUGGCCUUCGUAGUCAAGUUUCAGGUGAUACUGUCAUGACUGUUUAGUAAUUAAUGCAAAUUAUAUAUAAAAUAAGGUUUGGAUUCGUAGGCCCAGCUAGAGUAGACAUGGCCCGUUUGGUGAACGAUGAGUACAUCUCAUUGAUUCAGUGGGUCUACUUCAUUCCGAUGAACAACAAGAUUAAAGCCUAGAUUUUUACCUUGCUUUUGCAUAAUAGUAAUUAAACGAUAUUAAAACAUUC